AUGCACUCAAUUUCCCUACCAAAAACAAACGCCGCCCAGUUCACUUCAACUCAAAUUCUUAUCAAAAUGAGCGUUAUAAUUGACGCUCAGAACCGCCCUUCAAGCCGUAACGACUUUACUACGGCCAUAGUAUGCGCACUCGCCGAAGAGGCAACGCCUGUCCAAGCGCUGUUCGACAAAAGUUUCGACAGGUAUUCCUCGUUUUACGGUCGAGCCGCUGGAGACAGAAACGUUUACUUCAACGGCCUACUCGCAGGUCACAAAGUCGUACUUUCCUACCUCCCAGACAUGGGAACACGUGGUGCUGCAGCCACUCUGGCAAGUCUUCGAAUCUCGUAUACCGAAGUGCAACUCGUGCUGGUAGUUGGCAUUUGCGGUGGCGUGCCCUCUGGCCCAAGCCCGAAGUCACCUGAGAGAUACCUCGGCGAUGUAAUCAUUGCGGAUAAGCUAUUCGUCUAUGACUAUGGCAAACAACAACCAGGGGAAUUCAAACACACAAACCCGUUCCGGACUCACAACGAUGAGGCCAAGGCUCUUCUGAAGAGUCUUGAGGGCGAAGAUAACUUGGCGUUUUUUCGAGAGCAAUUUGCCGCGACGGUAAACAAUCUGCUGGACAAUCGGACAGCCUGGCGCGCCCCCGAUGCUAAGACCGACGUUGUUUAUAAACCGUCACAUCAUCACAAGCAUCGUGGAGAGCAUGCUCGAGGAUGUAGCUGUUUCGCCCCCCAUUCAAUCUGCAAUGCAGCCACAAAAGCGAGUUGCGAAGAGCUCGAAUGCGCAGGGUCUGCAAUCAUACGAACCCGGGUCGAUGUGGAGGCGGCAAAUAUCUUCAUCGGACCCAUGGCGUCCGCUGACACUGUGAUGAAGUCUGGCGAGGACCGGGAUGCACUGGCCAAGAAAGGCGAAGUUAUUGGGUUUGAGAUGGAGGGGUCGGGGGCAUGGGAUGGCGCGGUGCCCUGUAUUAUCGUGAAAGGCAUUACCGACUAUGCUGACAGCCACAAGAAUAAGGAGUGGCGACUUUACGCCGCUGCGACUGGUGCAGCAGCUGCGAAGACCUUUCUGAAUCAUUGGAGUGUUCAGACAAAAUCCCGUAGAGGCAAGUACUGGAUGGUCUCGCUCGAUAGAAACGUGGAUUUCGCAGGGCGUGACUCUGAAAUUGGGCAAUUCAAGAAGUCUAUAUCCUCGCCAGACGGCCCAAAAGUUCUAGCAAUGUAUGGGCUUGGAGGAAUCGGCAAAACUCAAAUAGCUCUCGAGCUAGCCUACCGGAUGAAAAAUGAACUCUCGGUUUUCUGGAUUCAGUGUAGCAGUAUCGAGAACAUCGAAAAGAGCUACAUCGACGCCGCAGAGAUGCUGGAAAUGGUCGAUGUCAACCAAGCGCAGGCAAAACAGACUGUAAAGGCAUGUCUCAGUAACAGUGCCACUAAAUGGCUUUUGAUCCUCGAUAACGUCGACGACCUCAAGACGUGGACCUACCUCAAACAAAACCUCCCCUUGAGAAAAGAAUGGCGGAUUCUCAUCACCACUCGCAACGGGAACCUGGCUGCUCAAACCGCGCGUUCACAUGUCUUGCAGGUUCGCGAGCCAUGCGAGCAGGAUGCAAUUGAUAUUUUGCACAAAAGGCUGAUUCCGGAAAUACGGUUCUUGUUGGAGGACAAAGAAACGGUUCUUGCUCUCCUUGACCGACUGGGAUCCUUGCCACUGGCUAUAGUCCAAGCGGCAGCAUUCCUGAAUGUGAACAAGAGCUUUACAAUAUCCGAUUAUCUGGAAAUACUCAGUGGACAAGAAUCACAGGUUGUGGAAUUCUUGGGCAAAGAUUUUGAGGACAAAGGAUACGAUACCGAUGUUCCCAGGCCUGUUGCCACCACAUGGCUUGUCUCUUACAAUAAGAUCUUAAUGCUCAACGCACCGGCUGCCAUAUUCCUUUGCCUCAUGGCGUUUCUUGACCGGCAUGAUAUCCCGGAUAGUUUUGUCCCACAGGAUAGAUCUCACAAGGACAAACUCGUAUCUUUAUCACUCCUGGCGGCUUUCUCCCUUAUUAACAGAAAUCCAAAACGACCAAGUUGCUCGACUAUGCAUCGCCUCGUACGCCUUGUGACUCGAGAUAUGGUGAGGCAGCGCGGGGCCUUUGAGGAAAAUAUAGAAUGGGCGGCAACGCGGCUUGACAGGGUUUAUUCCAACCCCGAUGAACACUCAAGAAGGCAGUAUCUGCCCCACGCAAUCUCAUUAAUAAAUGAAAUGGGGUUUGAGCCAGCCAAACACCCUAAUCUACUCCGGAAAACAGCAGGAGGGCUAUCUAGUGAUCGUCGGAACGCCGAAGCUCUCGAACUUUAUACUAAACUUAUGAAUAUCCAAAAAACGGAACUCGGAGACCGGCAUCCUGACACCCUGCGCAGUAUGGCUUGCGUCGCACAAGAACACCUAUGGUUGUUCCGAUUAGAUGAGGCCGAGAAGCUUGGGAUGGACGCGUUCACGGCGAGCAAAGAAGCACUAGGGCUACAACAUCCUGACACCGUUUUCACCGCUAAUGUUAUCUCGGCCAUAUGCAAGGUGGGGAACAAACACGAUGAACUAAUUGAACUGCACCCAGAGCUGGUGGAUAUCCUGCAGCACACCAACGAGCUACACAUACCGGGCUCUAUGCAGAGUGUGUCAUCUAUUGCUAAUUCAUAUAUGCAAGAAAAAAGAUUCAAGGAGGCAGAAGACCUCCUUUCAAUUAACCUGAAAAUCCACCAGGAUACUCAUGGGACACGGCACCCCGAUUCCCUGGAACUCAUGAAUGAUCUGGUAUAUCUAUAUACCUUGCAAUCCCGCUUGCAGGAGGCCCACAAGAUGAUUACAGAUAUCAUCAAAACAUGCAACCAUGACUAUAAUCUCUAUCCUCGCCUGCUGAUUACAUCUGAGGUCAAAAUGGCGAAUAUUCAUACAAAGAUGCAGGAAGAGAAACAAGCAGAGGAGGUAGCGACACGGGCAGUCAAGGAAGCCACCGAGAGACUUGGCCCACGAGACGUUGAUACGUUGCAUGCUAUGGCCGCAUUAGCAUCAGUGCGUCAAUUGCAAGAACGUUGGGAAGAUGCAGAAAAUUUACUUCUAGCGGCACUAGAGGGUACCAGAGAAGAGCACGGAUCUAACCAUGUCCUCCUCUCAACGGCCAUCAUGCGCCUCUCGGGUUUAUAUUGGAAUCAAGGCCGAUGGGAAGAUGCGACAAAAAGAAAAGACGAGGCGAUUAAAGUCCUAACGAGGGAGGAUGAGCUAGGGCCAAAUGACCCCCGGACUCUAGAAAACAUAUAUCAGUUUGCCCUGAAGGCAACCCCAAACGAUUAUAUUCUACAGCUAAUGACUCGGGCCGUGGGGCUGGCCAACAACGUCCUAGGUCCAAAUAACCUGAAAACGAAACAGUAUACAUCCCUUCUUUCCACCUUGCAAGAGAAGAUCGAUGCUGGGAAAGCUGCAGUGACAGCUACCCCGGCUCCUCCUACUCCCGAAUCGUCAUUGCCAGAUAGAGGCCGACGUCGAGACAGGUUCAAUAAGCUUUUUGGCAAAGCUCGACAAGCACUGCGGAGCUCCAGCAGACUCACUAGUGAGCACCGCUAG